CCGAAAGUAAAGCGAGCGGACUGCGGAGCCGAGCCGUGCACAACGCGGUGGAAAAGCGCCUUUUGUUUCUGGCUGGCGGAAAUAAAUUGACACCGGGGUUCGCAUGUGAAUUCGGUUGGAUCUUUAGGACAGACCUGAUGGAGGAGAGUGAAGAACUGAGUGGAGGAGGAACAUCAUGUCAAACCUGGAGAAAAACCUGUAGUGUCUGUUCAAAAUUGGAUCUGCCCGUCAAGUUAGAAUCUUCAGAAUGCUUUUAGCCUCCUGAACUGUGCAUGUAAAUCACGAAUCGGCUCCGGCAAGUCCGGGACCAAUUGCCCCAUUGGCACCUUUGUUACCCCAGUAAAGAAAAACAGAACACAUUCUCACCAGCCCCAGAGACUUCAAAGAGUCACCCUGGUGGGACUAAAGGUGAUAUGGUCACAGACACUGGCCACAACCCCAAUACACACACACAUACAGACACUCACAAACACGCAUGGAGAUUGUGAAUGUACAUUUAUCCUCCAAAUAUGACUGUGCCAAUAUGUACCCGUCGCUGUAUUUAAAGGUGCAUGUAUUUAUCCCUAGUAUAUAAGCUUAGCUAUGACUGUAGUUGUAUUAGUUUUCUUCUAAACGAUAAAACUCAAGUAUAAACUGUAUCUCACCUUUUAUGUCUUUGCCAUCUGACAAGUUUGGUCUCAUUGUAAAGCUUUCGUUAUGCUCUAAUUGAAAAUGUAUGUCACAUGACUGUAAAAUGCAUUCUUCUAUUUUUAAUGGUACUUUGAAGAAAAUGUACUCAGAUCGGACACUUCGCAAACCAUGCAAAUUAGGUCAUAAAUGGAGACAAAGAAAGAGUUUGCCCGCCAAAAUCGCACCCUCAUCAUUGGCUGAUGUAUCCCAGGAGGCGUUCUGGCCUGUUGUCCUUAAAACACAACGACACGCAUCUCUCAUUGUCUCUCGAUUGUCUCUCGCCAUUUAACACACGUCUCUCCCGGACGUCUCGGCGACCGCGCUUCCAUCACGCGCCCCCUCUCUUCGGGACGACCAUCUUUUGGCAACAAGUUUCUUUGUCAAACCCUCUUCAUCCGUCGCCCUAAGUCUUCACUCUUCAUCGCCUAGGAGACGGACUCUUUUUCUUUCUUUUCCGGUUAUCUUACUCUUAAGUUAAACCCUUGUUUGAAAAUCCCGCCGAAGAACACCUUCUCGGAAAAGGACCAAUCGCUUCAGCCGCACGCACCGAAACUCCUGCAGAAACACGAAACGACCACAGCACCUGAACCUAUGCAAGUAUAGAACCAUUCUUUCCAAAGCGUUUUAAGCUCGAUGUGUAAGCUGAGUUUCCUUGCUGGCUCUCAAAGGUUUUAACUGUUAGUAAGUUGCCAUUCCUUUGAUCACCUCUGUUUUCUUGACUUUACUUUCGCUUUCUAUAUAUGUGUAUUGUUUGUGUAUGUUUAGUAGUAUAGCCUCUGUAUCCGUAGUUUCAUAUAUUAAAUACAUUAUAUUCAUGCUCGAUUGUUUUUUUUUUGCUCAUGCAACAAACCCAGGUCACUUUAACGUUUCGAUCCAGUAUCCUUGCUUUACGCAUUGAUGCUAGAAUAGGAAGUCUUUCUCGUGGCCAGAGAAAAACCUUCCUUUUAUAAUCGGCUAUGAGGAGCUAACGGUUUGCUGGACAAACUAAUAGUUUCUCUAAAUUAUUAUCAAACCAGAACUAAUCAUAUAUGUGAUUGAUUAUAAUUCGUUGUAAUUAAUUCACAAUAUAUGUAUAAUUCCCUCUCGGGUCGGUAUAUGUAUUAUAAUUAAUCAUAAAGCUUUAUGAUUUAUUAUAUUCAUAUAUUUCACCCAUAAAUUAAUUAAAUACCUGUACUGAUUCGCUACAGAUUAUUUGGUGGAGAACGUGAGCAACGUUUUAAACUUGGUUUUGUGUAUGAGCAACCUAGAAUAAUUUUGUGUGAUUUAAUGUGUAUAUGCGCGCCUUACUGAGUGAGCCGACAACGCGUCCCUCAUUCUGAAAAAACGUUAACAAGCUAUUUGUGCCUAAAAACACUGUAGUCAAUUGUUGACCGUAAAGUAAACUGCAGUCCAAUUAAUAUUUCAAACUCGUAUCUGCAAAAGGCGACAAUCUUUUUGCAAUAUACAGUUAAUAUUAAUUUCCGCUUGAAUAAACGAAUUGAAUCGUAUUCAGCGUAGUUUUUUUUGAAAAGGAGCUGUGACGAGUUUCUCACAGACUCUUUCUGAAGGCCUCAUAAUUGUAGCGCUAUUAAAUUUGAAUUACUGUGUCGUCCAAUAAUUCAAAAUAGCGUCUCGCUCCCUGGGUAACGUCAUUGGCAUAGCUAACCAAUCACGUUACCUCUUGCAAAUCUAAUCUGAAAACAGUUUAUCUGAAAUCCGAUUGAUGUGUAAAAAUUGGGAGCCAGCCACGACCUGAUCCAGCGUGACUCGUAACAGCAGCGAAGAAAUCCUGCAAAAGUUACAUAUUCGUGUGCACUAAGUUUGCACAAACAGGGGUCCACUAAUCCCCAAAAUUGUGUACCCGUAUUAAAGGGGUAUAUUAGUGUCCAGUAACCUGGCACCAAAGAAUCCGCCGAGAUUCUAAAGUUUGUAACCGUGAUAGUGCAGUUAAAUCAGCCGUAAGGGAAUCAGAACCCCACAGACGCGCUAAUUUAAAAUAUCACGAAUUAAAGUAGGUGGAUGCAGUACCUCUGACCAGACGCCAGAAGGCAAUCUGUUCAGGUGUGCGGCACCCCUCCCUACUUCAUUGUUGUGUGGACUCACUAACGCCAUCGUGUGGACGUUCUGGGUUAACUCUGCUCUCCAUACGUUGAGCUGAAGUGUUUCCAAAUUCCUUUUGGCUACUUUAAUCUAGCUUGCCGCUAUAAAUGUUUGUUGAUGGUUAUGCUUUUCAAUCGUGUUUGGAAUGUGGUUUACCGAUUUAAAUUUGAUUUAAAUACGUUUAAAUUUUUAAUUUAAAUUAAGUUUCCCUUCCAACAAGAGAAUUCACUUUCUGAAAGUGCUCCCCCUGGUGGACACUCCCACAUAAGUUAGUUCCCGUCUCUGAGUAUUUGUCCCCUUUCCUGCUGUUCCUGUGUUCACAGAUUUUCUCUGCUCUAUGUUAUUUUAUUAUUCUACUUGAUUUUCUUUCAUUAUACUCUCUUUCUCUCUUGAGUUUUUACUUUGGAAAUUCCUUUCUUGUUAUUACUUACUUUUAUUUUUUAUCCACUCUUAGGUCUGUGUCCUGUUUGUGAUUUGCUGGUAACAGCAUUCUCACAUCCAAGUUUCCCUUAUUUUAUACACUUAUUUUUAAAUUUAAUUAAACAACAUUUAAUUGAGAUUUAAAAUUAAGUAGUGUCAAUCAGUUGGCAUUUUGCUCAAGAAGCAAUUCCCUUUAGGGAAUUCUCCAAUAGGGAAGACCUUCUCCUUUCUUUUUCCCAUUCUGUUAUUCUACGCACUUAUUUAAAUUCAAUUGAACAGAGUUUAAUUCAAAUUUGAAUCAAGUGCCUCUGAAUUGUUUUUUUACUUUGCCUUAUUUUUUUUUCUUUUCUGCUUUCAGCUAAUUCAUUCUGACUAUCAUUCUAGACCCCUAUUCUUUCGUCCUACACACUUGAUUAUUUAAAUUCAGUUUAAACAAGAUUUAAAUUAAGAUUUAAAUUUACAAGUAAGCUGUGUUUGCGUGACCACUUGUGUAUUUGCAAAUAGGGCCCUCUAGCGACCGGUGGUGAGUUGACGGUUGUUCCAGUGAGUUCCAGUGAGCGGAGUAAACUAGCCUGGCGGAUCUCUCACUGGCUGUGGGUGAACCUCGGUCACUUCUGACCUCGUACCGCGGGCAACACGCAGGGACAUCAGCAGGUUGGGUGUGUCAGGUGCAAGGAGGCAACGAGUCCAGGUUGGCAACAAAGGCAAUUUUGUUUAAUUUCCCUGUUUCUGCACGACAGAACCGCCCUUUGAGUAACUGCCUGCGGGGUCAGACUCUGGGGUUGGGAAAAAUACAAUUUUGGCCGCCAAUCUGGCCGUUGGCGCAAACACCUUGCCCAAACACGCAAUUGUGCUGAAAGUCCCUGUUUGAGAGGUUGCAUCGCAGUGCAAGGUACAGGGUGCCGAGGAACACGGCAGCCAAGUGUUGGAACGUCUAGGAGAGGUUGCCCCCGCCACUGAGUUCUUGUCUGAGCAAUCACAAAUCACCCCAGGCCGAGAUUAAGGACAUACAGUCCCUUCGCUCAGUGAAAGCCACAGAAUAUUUGAUAUUCUCCAAUCAGAAGUGUUGGCAAAACCCCUUUUGCUCUUAAGCCAUACCAUCCUUCUAGGUUUUAUGACGCGACAGCGCCCUCGUCAGGCCCGGUCAUAAACCCUUACUGUGGUAAUAAGCUGAAGUUUCACUUCUCCCCUCUAGCCCUUCUUGUGGUAUUUUAUUGCUAUUCUAUUUUCAUUCCUUCCUAUUUGUUUACUGUUCUAUUUCUCAUAAAUUGCAGCCAUCCUGUUCUGUUCUGUUUUUCUACUGUUUGUCUCUUUUAUUUCACAUAAAGGCAGAGCCUGUGAGAGCCAUCACGGAAGCUGAAUAAUAGAUAGACGGCCGAGCAGCCAAAGUCAUUAGUAGACUCGUAGAGCCUCCGCCUGUCAAGAUCUUUAUUUAAAUCCAGCACUCGCCGACACAAAUUAACCCACGUGGUCGUUCCUGGCCAUCGACAAUAAGUGUCUGGCCUAUAUUCCACUAACUGUCUGCACCAGUUAACUGGAAUCACACACAAAGUUUAGCUAAUUACGUAUUACGUAACGCGCUAGUCCUGCGCGAGCUUGCAUUGGUUCUUUUGUGCUGUCUUUCUCUCGUCAACAGUAAAGCCACUAUGUCGCGAGCAUCCAGCCCUGACACCCACUGGGAUCAUCUCGAGACCUGGUUGGGCGUCAUGACCAACGCAUUCCUGCCCAACGCCGCCGGUGACCUCCAGCACCUGAGCCGUGAGCAGUUGGACGGGGACCUAAAUCGACUAAUGGCCCACGAUCCGACGCAGAGCUACAACCACAAAGAAUGGGCCAAGCUCAUUGGCGGACUUGCCCACAACCUCAUUGCCCAAGUGAGGCUUAGCGAAAGGAGCAACGCUCUCCUGGAGCAGGAAGCAGCGGCGCUCAAGCUUCAGGCCGGGGAGGCCAGAAGAAAUCAGGCCCAGACUCAACAUCACCUCGAUCAGCUACUCCUCGAGACCCAGGACCAGCGUGGGACAGCGGAUGAAUCCAACCCCGAGCUGCAAGAGGAGGUAGAGAGACUCCAAAAAGCCCUUGCAGAGCUCCACUUGGAGGCGGAGCGUAAAGAGCAGUUGGGAAAGGAAUCCAGGGAGGAACUAACUGGAAAACUCCAACAAGGUGAAACUCUCCUAGCAAGAGCAGAGAUCGAACUGAAAGAAAGGGACGCUAAGGCCCGGGCCUGCGAAAAUCAUCUUAAACAGGCCCGAAGUGAGAUCCUUGCUUUGAAACAGCAAAGAGACUAUUUAAGAGAUGAAUUGGACACUGUUCACAGAGAACUGAAACAUUCUUAUAAACUGCAAGGUGACUUGGGAGGGGAAGCACACUUCACAGAGUUUCUCCUGGCCAGUAGGCCCAGUCAACAAUCCCUAGUUCAAAACGGGGUUGAAAGUCCACUGCCCAAGAUGCCACCCGCGAGCGGCCAAGAACCUUUUUCAACAGUAAAAGGGUGGGAGCCUCUCCAGAAAACCCGUGCCACUAGCCACGGCAUGGCUCCCAAAGAUCUGGACAAGCUAGCAAAGAAUAUCCCCACUUUCACCCCAAACCCAGCAGGGGGCGUUGACGUGCACGCGUAUUUGCAGGACAUUGACUUUCUGCUGCAAAAUGUGGCCAACGUGAAUGCCUGGGACAGGUUGUACCUACUCCGAAUCACGUCUAGCCGUGAUGUGCGCAGUUUUCUAGAUCGGCAGCCAGAAGCUGUCAAAUCAGACUACCAGCAGCUGCGACAGGCUCUGAUCAGAGAGUUUUCUGACCCUGAAUCGGACCAAGGGCUCCUCGCAGCCAUGGACCUUAAACAGGGCCGACUGGAAACCCCACAAGCGUACUACAACAGAAUACGAAGGGCCUACUUCGGAGCACGUAACGAGCCAGGAAUGGAGGAAGAUUUCAACUUUAAGACUCUGUUUCUCCGAAAUCUGCAUCCUGCGGUGAGUCAUCAUCUGGGAGUCUUGGCCUGCCCACGGAGUAUGUCUACUCAACAGCUGCGAGAUUUAGCCCACAAGGCUUAUUCUAAGCAAAAGGCUGCAUCUGAAAAGACUGUUAAAAAUCCAACCAUUUACCCGGUCUCUAAUCACUGUCCAGAACUGGCCCUAAAGGGCGCACACACGCACCACAGUGACAGACCGUUUCACAGAGAGUCAAGACAGUUCCCGGCCAACAGAGGGCAGCCUCACUAUGAGGGUGUCCGUCCCAAGCACCAGACUGGGCGUUCUGAAAGAGUCUGGGACAAGUCCCGGUUACCCAGCAACCCAAAGGGCAGUGCCACAUGGGAGGCCAGCCGGCGACCCAGAAAUGGCAGAUCUUCAUCGGCCAGAACUUCAAGCCCCGACCGCCAAAGACAGAAUGCCUCUCGACGUGCACCGAACAAGCCCAAGUCCGAGCGUUCACAGGAGCAGAACAGUGCAGCUAUGUCUGAGUCUGCAGAGAUCCUGAAGGCCCUAAAAGAGCUGAUUCAGGAAAAGCACCGCAAGGAAGACCAGAAAGACAAGCCAGACUCCUUAUGA